AUGAAAGUUGAUGAGAAUGUUCAUAGAGAAGCCGAAAAAUGGCGCUGGAUAAUCGAACACUCAUGGGAAGGUCGUAAUCUUGACUGGCUUGUGCAUGAAGUUCAAACUGAUUUUAUUAAUAUUGAGUUUAGGGAAUCACGACAUCUCGAACGAAUAAAAACUUAUUUCGAUCAAGCAAUAAACACAAAGGAUCCUAUUUAUUUAAUUAAAGCUUACACAGCUCCAACUGAUUUUUACAAGCAUUUAAAUAAACAACUCGCAAUAAUUGGUGGUAAUUUUAAAAGUGCUAAUGGUAAUGUUAAUCGCUGUGGAAUGAAAUGUUAUUUGCAAAUUUUGUUUACGCAUAGUGCCUUUGAUCGAAUGAGUUACAUUGGUGAAUGUUAUCGAGGGAUGAAAAUCACACAGCACGAUUUAGGUCAAUACGAAGUUGGAUCACAUAUAAUGAACAAAGCAUUUUUAUCUACAUCCCUCGAUUAUUCAGUGGCUAAGAAAUUUGCACUAAAAUGUGCUGACGUAAACAAACAGCAAUUUACCGCAAUUUGUACUUACAAAAUACGUACUAGACGUAGUGCAUUAAGCAUAAUGGAAAUAUCUGAGUAUGGACACGAAAAAGAGGUUCUUAUCAUGCCAUAUACAGCAUUUGAAGUCAAAUCAAUUAGAAGAAAUUCCAUCAAUCAAAACGAUGAGCCAGAUUUUUUUAUUGAACUUGAAGAAAGUGCACCAACAUGUGGACUAAAUGAACAAAACCAAGCUAUAAAUACUGAACUAUAUCUUACAUUUCGCAAAAAGAUCAUGCGAAAGUUCAACAAAUGGUUAGGAAACGAGAGUUAG